AAUUAUAUUUUUAAAUAAAUUAAAUGGCUUUAAUUUCUCCAAGAAAGCUAAGAUAUGAUCUAUACUCGUACUCAUACGAAGAAGAGUCGAACAACACGCCGUUAGUGAUUUCGGUUCUUGCUUCUUUGAUCGAGCGAACAUUGGCAAGAAAUGAGAGAAUUGCAAAGAAUUGCAGGGUAAUAUCGCACAAGUUGUCGAAAACCCGGGUUUUCGACUCGGACGAGGCGCCGGAUUUGACGAUUCAAUCAUACUUGGAGAGAAUAUUCCGUUACACGCGAGCCGGGCCGUCGGUUUACGUCGUUGCUUAUGUUUAUAUUGACAGGCUUUGUCAGUUUUACCCUGAGUUUCGGAUUGGACCAAGAAAUGUGCAUAGGUUGCUUAUUACUACAAUCAUGGUGGCAUCCAAAUUUGUUGAGGAUAUGAAUUACAGAAAUUCAUAUUUUGCAAGAGUGGGGGGAAUAACAAGGGAGGAAAUGAACAAAUUGGAGUUUGAAUUUAUAUUCAUGAUGAAAUUCAAAUUGCAUGUAAACGUGAGUGUGUAUGAGAGUUAUUGUUGCCAUUUAGAGAGAGAAGUUAGCAUUGGUGGAGGCUACCAAAUUGAGAGGACUCUAAGAUGUGCUCAAGAGAUCAAAGCUACUAAUAAUCACACACAAGAAACUCGAUAUCACAUUAACAAUGAUCACAUCGCUCGCCUUUUGCAUUAGAAAUAUAUCGAGUUUCUGUUGUGAAUAGAGUUUUUUCAGUGUAGUUUACAUAUUUCGUAUGAACUGAGAGUCGUUACAAAAUAUGUAGUUACGAGUUUAACACCACCUUGUAAAUGAAAAACAUUUGCCUAUAUCAUGGCAAUAUAUGGUUAUAUACAAGACUCCAUCAUUAAUUU